AUGUUUGUUCGUAUUGUUAUCUUUCCAAUAAUUGUUAUUGUCUUAGUAAAUGGAUUAAUUCCAUCAUCAACAAUUGAAAAUGAUUUAAAUGAAUUAAUUAAAUUACAUAAAGAAUUUCUUAAUCGAUCACCAAUCAUACCUGCUCGUCAAGCUUAUGAAGUUCGAUGUCGUGCUGUGGUUGAAUGUUGUCCAGAUGAACAAGAAAAUAUUUUUACUUUAUUUAGUGAAGGUCAAUUUAAUGAAAAAUGUUUAUCUAAUGGAACAAAAACGAAUACAUCAUCUCUUUCAUUAUUAUGUAUGUCAACACUUCGUCAAUUAAUUCAAUUAACAAAAGAACCAAUUUAUAAUCGAUAUUUUCAAGUUCUUGGUAAUAAUACAAAUCGUUUUAAUCGAAUAAAAACAUGGAAAAAACAAAUGAAAAUGGUUUGUUCAAAUGAUGAACUUUAUGCUUUUUAUUGUGAAAGAAAUAAUAUUGAAAAAUUUAAAUCAUGUCAAAGAAAAGUUUUAAAAAUGAUUGCCAAAGAAAAUAUUGAUGAUGAUGGAAUUAUUUAUACAACAUAUGUUUCACGAUGGGAACAAGAAUAUGCUAUUGAUAAUCAGAAACUUGCAAAAGCUUUUCCCAAUAUUUAA